AUGCCGUGCCUGAACAUCUCGACGAACGUCAGCCUCGACGGCGUUGACACCUCUGCCGUCCUCUCCGAAGCCUCAUCCACCGUCGCCAAAGUCAUCGGCAAACCUGAAGCCUAUGUAAUGGUUGUGUUGAAGGGAUCUGUGCCAAUUGCAUUUGGAGGAACUGAGCAGCCAGCUGCCUAUGGAGAGCUCGUCUCGAUUGGAGGUCUGACCUCGGAUGUGAACAAGAAACUGAGUGGUGCUAUUGCCAGCAUACUCGAGUCCAAGUUAUCUAUUCCGAAAAACCGGUUCUACCUCAAAUUCUAUGACACCAAGGGUUCAAACUUUGGGUGGAAUGGAUCGACCUUCUAG